CUACGGUUUGCUGCGUAGUUGGGAAUUUCUUCCUCUCUCAUCUUUGUCCCUUUGGUAGUGACAGUGUGUCUUCUCUUGUCUUUGGGUUCAUAAAAUCAAACCACACAAACACACACAAAGCGUGAAUGAUUCUUCAUCCUUCACAAUUCACCACCACAACUUGAACCAGAUAUUAUUUUUCCUCCAUUUUCUUCAUCUUCGUUACGCAUGCUAACACAGUAGCAAGAGUUUCAUACCCCUGUGUUUCAACCCUGUUUUGCAUAGCAGCAUAGAGAGGCAAAGGCAAGUUCACAUGGGAUUGGGAACAACCCCAAGGAGGAGAACGAUCCACGGUGGUUGCUACUACGCUCAUGACGACGGAGUUCGAAGAUUCCAAGCUUCUUGCGGUGGAGAGUUCCUUCGACAACCGUUACUCCCGCCACGCGCGCGAGUCGCUCGACGAAUUGACUGAUACAAGUUUCACCAUCACCGACCCUUCCGUCUCCGGCCACCCAAUCGUCUUCGCCAGCCUCGGCUUCCUCAAGAUGACCGGGUUCUCGCGGGAUGAGGUUGUUGGCAGAGGCGGGGGGAUGUUCCAGGGGCCGGGAACCUGUAGAAGGUCGGUGAUGGCGAUUCGUGAGGCCGUAAGGGAAGAGAAGGAGGCUCAGGUCGUUUUGUUGAAUUACCGCAAGGAUGGCACGCCGUUUUGGAUGCUGCUUCUUGUGUGUCCGGUUUUCAGUGCGAGCUCCGGUGGUGUUGUUCACUUUGUCGCCGUUCAGGUGCCGCUUCACCGCCGGAGACACGGGGAUUUUCCCGGAGGAGGAGGUGGGGGGUUUUCACAGGUGCAUGAUUUUGUGUUCCGGUGUUGUCGGAAGGAAGUGUGCUCUGAUUCUUUGGCUGAACUUGGUCGUGUUUCUUCCCUCAAUCAAGUGUUGGAGAAUGAUGUCACGGAGUUGGAGAGUGAAGAGCCAUGUGAGGCAAGUGAUGUUGAGAAGAGUAGAGCUGUGACUGCCUUGGACAACAUCUUUUCUGUGCUGACCUACUAUAGCGAGUCCGUGGGCAGAUUGGUGUGUAGAAAGAGAUGCAGCGUUCCCGACGUGGGUGUUUUUAGCUCAUCCUUGAUUAUUUCUCUUGGUAGAAUCAAACAAAGCUUUGUAUUAACUAAUCCGAAUUUGCCAGACAUGCCUAUAGUCUACGCCAGUGAUGCCUUCUUGAAAUUGACAGGUUAUGCAAGAGAUGAAGUAUUGGGCCGCAACUGCAGAUUUUUAGGAGGAACAGAUACUGAUACCACAACUUUACAUCUGAUUCGGGAAAGCAUUAAAACUGAACAACCAUGCACAGUACGUAUUUUGAAUUACAGCAGGAAAGAUAAAAGCUCAUUUUGGAAUCUUCUUCACAUGUCACCUGUUCGUGAGGCUUCUGGCAAGGUAGCAUACUUUGUGGGAGUUCAAAUAGAAGACGAAUAUAAAAACGAAGAUAGACCGUGUCGAAACCCUGAUAGGAGGCAGCUUAGCGUGGUUGGUGUGGUCAAGGUUGCGGUGAGGAGUUCAUCAAUGACUGCAGGAACGUCCAAAUAGGAUAACUCACGGUGGAUUCAUCGCCUUCAAUAUAUAGUUUCUAAAUAUUAUCUUCUAAAAAAAUGUUUACACAUUCGGAAAACUAUCCAUCUCAACUGGUGAUUGUUGAGAUGAUAGAAAUGUGAAAAAUUGAUGUCAAAAAAAUGAACAAUGGUCAAUUACAAGAACACAUUCUGCGUUUGACGUCUAAAGUUAUAUUUUACUCA